AUGAACACGCAGGAAAGAAAGAGAAGAAGCCGUGCCGCUUCAAGCGCCCCUCGUGACGCCCUCGGCCGCUUCACUUCCAGCAAAAAGUCGGUGGCCCGUCGCUCCCGUUCCCGCUCCCGCUCCCGCUCCUCCAGCCGCAAGUCUGCCCGAUCGGUGAGCCGUGGACGUCGCGCCCCGAAGAGAGUCUCGAAGAGAAGCCGCAGCCGCUCUGCGUCCCUCCACACCGCCCGUUCUCCGAGGUGAGUCCCGACAAAUACACCGUCGAAUGAUGAUGAAGUUCCGUUUUCAGCGCCAAGUCGUCUCGCUCCCGCCGCUCGUCGUCCAGUCGUUCCGCUCGCUCCCGCCGCUCCGUGAUGAGAAGCUCGUCGCGUGGCUCGUCUUCGCGUCGCUCAUCGUCUCGCGGAUCGGUCUAUGGGCGCUCGGGCAAGUCGACCGCUUCUCGCCGUUCGGCUUCCCGCACCCAGUCUCGUCGCUCUCGCUCUCGUUCGGGAUCUUCGAGUCGCUCGUCCAGCAGAAAAAGAUCGACCAGGGCUGUGAAGAAGGCGGCGCCGAAGAGAGGACGCUCACGCAAGAACACCAGGUUAGGAGAGAAUAGUGAACAUAAAGAACAAUCCGUUUCAGCAAGACCCGCAGCGGGAGCAGCAGCAGCGGCAGCCGUAG